AAAAUAGAAAAUUUCUCACUAAAAGCUUUUAGGUACAUUUUAUUGUAAUGGCUGGAGGGGGUAGGGGUUGCGAUCAAAGCGAAUGGAAAAUUUAGGUAGGCACGCGUAAAACGCGACUGUGUCAACUAAAAAAGUUUGAUGUCUUGUAAUACUUAAAGUAGACCUCAACACCAUUGCUUAAACGAAAUCUCUUUUAGAAUUGACAUAUACGUCAUUUUAGCGGUAAUUUUGCUACUCGUAUGUUUUCUGGCGAAUAUUUACUUGACAACAGUGGGUUGCUAUUUGUAUUCUUGUUUACCAUUCUAUACUCUUUCAAGCACACAACAAUUUCAAAUCAACAGCAAUCGUUGACUCCUUUUAGAAUGGUUUUAAAAUCUUAAGCUGAUUUAGACACAUUGCAUGUUGUGCUCUUGUCUAAAAGAAGAUUGCAGCAAAAAUUAAAUUGCGCACAAGUUUUCGAGAAUUCCGACAAAUUGAAGACAAAUCUGUUUCUUAUCGAUUUCUGUAAAAUUAUAGACGAAGUUUGUCCGGGUAACAGCAACGCAGGUCAGGCUUUCAAACUUAUGCAUAUCAUAUGACAAGAUCUUUAUCAGAUGGCAGAAGUUGCCAAUUGUAAAAGAAGUGGUAAUUUCCUCCUCUUUCCACGAAUGAAAUAGAUUUUGUCAGUUUGUUCGUCAUCGCGUUAUGAAUACUGAACUUAGUUCACUUCGACUAAAGUUUGUAUUUCAGGUGAAGUUUCAGAGUUGGGCAGCUGUGAUUUUCAGAGACUGUUUCACAACAUCGACAAAUGUUUGGUUCACAGUAUUUGGAGAGCUCCUGUAAAAGAUCAUUAGCCACUCAUUUUUUCUAUAUAUUGAGCAUUAAAAAGUGUUAUCACUGGACUGUAACAAGAAUGGGUAAGAUUCUGUACUAGCCAAGUUAAAAUAUCUCUGGUUGUUUUUCGGGGUUCUCUCUUGUUUUUCCGUCACCAUAUCAACUUUUAUUCUUGCAUUACAAGAGAUUCUAAAAGAGAACAUAAGAUUCUACGUCCCCCUUAAGGUUUCCAUUGUUUACCUGAAUAAGAAUUUUGCCUUAUCUAUCUUCUUUUAAAUUGCAAGAUUUACAUAAAUGCGUACUUCGCAACUGGUUUAUCUCACAGCAUAUUGCAGGUGUCGUGCUUGUUUAACGUCCAUGCGCUCGGAAAAAAAAUAAAACGGUGAGUUUGCAGGUACACAUAGAAACUUGAGAGAAAAUGCUUUACUAUACAGGAAAAAAUUAAGUCAGCACUAUGGUUAGAAGAUUUAUUUCUGCCAAUCUCGGUGACAAGACCUAAUUCUAAUUGCGUUUUUUGAGAUAAUUGAAACCCCCUCCAAUUUUGUAAUGCUAUAAUUUGAAAGCUGAAAUAAUUCAUGGUCAAGCAAUUUGAAACUUUUAACUAUUUAGCACUGUGACUUCUUUUUUCAGGAAAUUUGCGUUAUCAACUCAAGAACAGUUCGGUGUUUUUGUCCUCACUCAAGAACUCUAAACAUAGCUUUCGCACGAUUGCCCUAGUCGAAGAGGCGAGCAGUGUCUUGUUGCAACUGAAAGCUGAAAACAUUGAAAUACGCGAGCAAAGUAUCUACCGACUAAAAGGUUGUACUGGGAGAAUACAGUACAGAAUGCUAUUUAUCCCCAAGAGACGUGAUUGAAUUGCUAGCUGGCCUUUCUGUACAAUUUUCAGCUAUUGAGAAUUUCCGCCGCGCAGAGAGAGGAUUCCUUGAGGAGUUUUGCCGUUGUAGCGGUUGACGACAUCUCGUCGAGUGGAUUGGAAAUAUUAUCGGCUUUUACUCACACCAUGAUCUGUCCGCUUCAAGUACAUCCCGUUUGUGGAUUGUCUUCGCGUACUCUCGCAUUUUUGGCGGGGGAAUAAUGGUUGUUUUAGCACUGUAGUGAUAUCGCCAACUGCCAACCAUUUAGCGUCGAGGAAACAGAAAUAAACAGCGACUGGGAUACCUUUCCUUAUAGGAACGGUCGAAAAGAAAUUAUAAUCCUGGUGGAUUUAUCCUGUGUUUACAUUCUACAAAACCGAAAAUAUGGCACUAAGGCUUCAAAGAUCGUUUAUAUGGCAACGGUUUCAGAGACCGCGAACGCUGUGCCCUCAUGUUUUUUUAGUGACCUCCGUAUUGCUGUGCGGCGCGGUAAACUUCCUUGCUGAGUUCGACGUCAAGACAUCGUCUUUAAUGGCUGGUGGCGACAGAACUGUUCGCAAACAGCGAUUACUCUUAAGUGUCAAUGAAAGCAGUUCGGAUACGAAGGGAGAAUAUCCUCCUGAUCUUUUCACUGUGGAAGAGAAAAGAAAAGGAGCUGUAAUUUUGCACAUAAUUGGUAUGUGUUACAUGUUCUUGGCGUUGUCAAUCGCUUGCGAUGAAUUUUUCAUCCCUGCGUUAGCUGUCAUCACCGAAAAGUUAAACAUUUCGGAGGAUGUUGCAGGUGCUACGUUUAUGGCUGCUGGCGGUAGUAUGCCAGAACUUUGUACAUCGUUCAUUGGGGUUUUCGUUGCGCCUAACUCUAAUGUUGGCUUUGGAACUAUAGUAGGAUCUGCAGUUUUCAACGUCUUGUUUGUGAUAGGGAUGUGUGCGGUGUUCUCAAAGGAGCUCUUAAAAUUAACAUGGUGGCCUCUGUUUCGCGACUGUAUGUUCUACAGUGUAGCUCUGAUCAUAUUGAUAGCAUUCUUCUCGAACGGAAUGAUUGAAUGGUGGGAAUCAUUGGUAAUGAUUAUGGUUUAUUUAUUAUACGUGACAUUUAUGAAAUUCAACCACAGAAUAGAGAAAUUAGUGAAAAGUAUGCUUAAAUCGAACAAAGUGAGCUCUCUGAACUCAAAAGGAGCCGAAGUCGGUUCACAAGAUUCUUCUCUUGAGAAGGCAGUGGAAAGUCUUUGCACAACAUCCAAGGAGAGUAAUAGUCUUCCCUGUUUCCGCCAUGGAGCUCUUCAGCUUGUUAUUCAUACAAUAGAUCCUCUUGGAGAAGCAUCUGUUGCGGUGAAAGUCAACAAACUGAAGAAACUCAAAUGUGUGAAAGUCAAAGUUGGCGUGGAGAGAGACUCAUCUACUUUUCCUUCAACUCAAGAUGUGAAUAAAUUCUCCACUGUGGACAAUCUUAAACAACUGAAUUUUCCAGUCGUAAAUAGUUCCAUGAAUGUACAAAUGGACUCAGCUCCAGCGUCAUCAUUUGUCAACCACACAGUUAAUCUUGAUAGCUAUACUGCUUUUGAUGGACAGAAAAGAGACUCAUCAUAUCAGAUUAAAAGUGUAGAUGUAACAUCAAGGAAUUCUAGUUUGGUCAAUGGGGAUUCCAGUCUUCCUCUUGUGCAAAUUGUCCCUGAUGAAAAUCAUGUACCUGGUAGGGUGCCUGACACAAAUGAACAUAGUAGUAAUGUGUAUAGAACUUCAACAGAGUCUCCAAGCUCAGAGACAACAGGGUUACAGCUUUCUUCACAUCAGCAAUUAGUAGACAUUGAGAGUGCCAGAGAGGCUGCCCUGGAUGAUGAGAGUGAACCAAUAGAUUUAAGCUGGCCUUCAGGGUGGAAAGAUAGAAUAGUGUAUGUUAUCAGAGCGCCAGUUGUGUUCUGCAUGUAUUACACAGUUCAGGAUAUCAAAAGACCAGGCAAAAGGUAUUUGUAUCUUUGGUGUUUUAUUUGGUCCAUGCUUUGGAUUGUUGGGUUUUCUUAUUUAAUGGUUUGGUGGGCAACUGAAGUUGGCAAUACUCUUGGAAUUGAAACAGAGAUAAUGGGAUUAACAUUCUUAGCAGCAGGGACCAGUAUACCUGAUCUGAUUACCAGUGUUUUAGUGGCAAGGAAAGGCUUUGGUGAUAUGGCUGUGUCCAGUUCUAUAGGCAGCAAUUUGUUUGAUGUCACAAUAGGGCUUCCUCUGCCAUGGUUGAUUUACAGUGCUAUAAAUGUAGGAAAGGCCAUGGUUGUCAACAGCUCCGGUCUCUUCUGUUCCGUGUUUUUGCUCUUCAUCAUGUUGAUAGCUGUAGUUAUUGCAAUUGCUGUCAGUAAGUGGAGAUUGUCCAAACUGCUGGGUGGUGCCAUGUUUCAGCUCUAUGUUGUUUUCCUAGUCAUAUCAUUGUUGUUGUUAAAGGAUGUCAUUAAAUGCCCAGAGCUCUAAAGACUAAAUUUUUUAAAGAGGGAUUCUACAUUCACAUUUUCUCCACACUUCUGACUGGCUUUCAUAAGCAACCUUUCACAUCAGUGCAGGAGGCAGAUAUCUGCACUAAAAUCUUGUUGUACCAUUGUUACUCUCACUAACAUAGAACAAAUAAGUCUGGUAUCCAUGUAGAUGUAUUUAUAUUUUAGAAUAUUUACAGGUACUUUAUGAAAUAGCAUUCACUGUUUUUUGUACAAAAAAAUUUGUAUCUCUCUGUACAGAAUGAUAUGCAUGCGUGUAUUUUCUUAUUUAUUUAAUGAAAUGGUGACCAUCCAAGUUGUUUUUGUCAUUCAUUUUCUAGCCAACUCAUAUUUUCUGUGUUUUCUUAAACUUUGAAGAAUGUCACCUUAAGACGUGGUCAAACCUUACCACUUGUUCCAGAAUUGUCUAUAUGUUCCAAGAUGACACCAAUUACAAAUGAAAAGAAAGAAGCAAGUCACAAUUUGUAAUUUGCAAGAAAAAAGUCAGUGAUAUGAAUUUACUGAAUUCAACCUUUUCAGCCUGUAGAGAGUCAGUUGUAAAAGAGUUCAUAGCAUUCCAAAUCACUGACUGGCAUUUUGGAUUGUGUAAAAGAUACUGUCAUUUUUCUCCCUUUAUGACCUCACAACUUGUCCAUUUGAAAUAGUGCAGAAGAAAACCUGGGUUAAAACUCUUCUCUUAUGAAGGGAGACAAAUUCCCUGUAAAGAAUGAAUAAUUAUUUAUUGAUCACUUUUUAAGAUGGAGAAAAAAAAGUUUUUGCAAGCUGUAAUGUAGUGUACAUAAAUUAAGAAAAAAAUUUAUAGUUACAGUCAAACUAUUUAUUUGUGAUUCUGAUCACUAGUGUUGUUAGUAGGUGGUCAUUGAGAGUAGAACUUCAUCAAUCAAGAAUAUAAAAUAAUUGGAUUGUGAUUCCAAACCUUAUUUAAGACUUGAAUUGAUUGAAGAUUAAUUGAAUUAGAAUUUAUAGAUUCAGAAAUAAACAACCCACUUGCAACAGAA